AUUUAAAUAACAUAAUUUUCUCCAACAAAUGGAGUGUGUCUCCAUGUUGAAUCCAUCUUAAUAAUGGCUUCAUUUUAUCAUUCCAAGUCACUUCCAUCACCUCAUUUUCUUCAAAUCUCUUUCAUGCAUUAAAUUCAUAAUGUAUCUUUUUCUUUUCUUUGAUUUUAUUCUCUUCUCUAUGUGUUUUAUACAUUCACCCUUUUCAUCUUUUCUAUUUUGUUCUUCAUUUCUAAGUAAAUAUGCAUGAACCUUAAUGGUUUUUGUUUUUUCUUUUGUGAAUCUUGGCAUGUUUAUGUGUUAACUAUGAACACGGAUCAACCCAUGAUGUGAAGUCUUCUAGUUAAAGUGUGUGAAGACUUUUUCUCAUAAAAAAAAAAUCACAGAAAAAGAAAGAAAAAAAAUGAGUUAUAGUUUAUCUAGUAAAAGAUUAUUACCUAUGUGGAGUUUCUUUGGUGGUGGAAUUUACAAUAAUUCAUCACCAAAUUCCUCAAAUGAAAAUAUAAGAAUUCUAGAAUUGUCACUUUGUAGUGACAAUGAUUCAACCUCAGGUCAAGAACCCCAGGAUGCAGAUUAUGUUACUGUGUUACCAUGUCUUAGUGAUGAGCUAGAGACAAUGAUAUUGUCAAGGUUACCAAUUUCAAAGCAAUGGAAGAUUUGUUGUUUGAACAAGAAAUAUAUGAGACAAAUGAAGAGUGGUGAAAUCUACAAAAUAAGGAGAGUGAUUGGAUUGAAAGAGCCAUGUGUUUUUAUGUUGGCUAGUGGUGAAAGAAAUUGGUGUGUGUUUGAUGGUGAAUUCAAGUCUUGUAAGAAAUUGCCUAUUAUUCCAUCUGAUUAUAAAUUUGAAUGUGGUGAUAAAGAGUCCUUUUCUGCUGGCACACAUUUGUUUGUUUCAGGUAUGGAGAUUGAUGGAGCUGUUAUUUGGAGGUAUGAAUUAACAACAAAUGCAUGGUUUAAGGGUCCAUCAAUGAUAACUCCAAGGUGUGUUUUUGCAUCAGCUUCAUGUGGCACUUAUGCUUUUAUAGCUGGUGGACUUGAAACAAAAAAUUGCAUUCAAGUUUUGAAUUCAGCUGAAAAAUACAAUUCUGAAAACCAAACAUGGGAACCACUCCCAAACAUGAAAAAAAAGAGAAAAUCUUGUUCAGGUUGUUACUUGGACAACAAGUUUCAUGUAAUUGGAGGACAAGAUGAGAAUAAAAUUGAUCUCACAUGUGGUGAAUCCUAUGAUGAAGUUUCAAAAACUUGGAAUUUGAUUCCAAACAUGUUGAAAGGUUUUCCAAUUUCAAGUACAAGAUCACCACCUCUUAUAGCUGUUGUUAACAAUGAAUUGUAUGCACUUGAUACUUCAUCAAAUGAGGUUAAGGUUUAUAUGAAAGGUGAAAAUUCAUGGAAGAAAUUAGGGUUAGUUCCUGUUAAAGCUGAUGUACAAUGUGGUUGGGGUGUUGCAUUCAAAUCAUUGGGAAAUGAAUUGCUUGUUAUUGGUGCUACUUCUUAUUCACAUUGUGCUUUGAUGAAUAUUUAUACUUGUUUUCCUAAUCCUAAUGUUGAGGUUUUGGAGUGGAAGAAAAUUGUUUGUGGUAGUAGUAAUCUUAAUCCUUUUAUUCGCAAUUGUGCUGUGAUGUUAGCCUGAAGUUUGUUGAAGUGUGAGUUUUUAUGUAAGAAUAAGUAGAAUUGAUUGAAAAGGAAUCACACUUUCGAGAGAAAUGAACCAAUCAGUCAUUCAAAUCAGGUGAUCAACUUUGUGUUUUCGAGCAUGAAUAUUAUGGUAAAAUAAAGGGAGAAAAAGUUGAAGAUUAAUUAAUGUUGAAUUCUCUAUGUUAGUUUAUGGUUUGUUGUUUGAUUAAUGGUUGUCGUAAGCCAUAUGGUUUCAUUUGAUGAAACAAUUUGAUCAUCAUAGGCUUGUUUGAUUUAUGUUUAUGUAUCUUGUUUUUUUUUUUUCCUUUUGUAUUGAAGCUUAAGAAUAAUAAAGUUGUAUUAUAAGCUUCAAAGUUCAAAUGCAAGAGUGUUGUUACUUAUUUCUA